AUAACCAAUCAGACUUCUAAACGAGCAACACGUAGUGACAGUGUCUGUGUUAGAUAACGCUAAAGACAUACGAGAAAUAUAGUGAUUGUGAAAAGGAUAUCAGUGAAAUUUAUGAUGGCUAAAAUUGUUUUGUUUAUAGUUUUAUUAGCGGCUGCGUCCGCGCACAAACACCAUCCCAAGUUCCGACAAGAGUCGGUGGAGUACUACGACAACCCUCUGUCUUCCCAGAUCAAGAAAGUGCCAUGCACCAAUCAGAGGGACAGUCUGCUGAACGACAACAUAGAAAAAUCUAGAUGUGGGGCACCAAAAGAAGUAUUCGUCGAACUGAACCCACCUUCCAAAUUUGAGAAGGUGACCCCGAGCCACGUGUGGGUGAAGAGAUGUGUCGGGCUCUGUGAUUUCGACGCCAGCGGGUCCUCAGAGUGCGUCGCGCAGAGUAAAGUCGAUAAGGAGAUCACGAUACGGAUACACAACAUGAAAACAAAAAAAGACACAUGUGCAACCUACACGGUUGAAGAGCACCUCAGCUGCGGGUGUUGUCAGCUAUCGUCCGAAGAGUGUGGCGAUCGAAUAUUCAAUCCUCCGGAGCCAGAAUAUGAGGUGGAAUCGAUCUAAAUGUACCUGCGAAAUUCGGAAACCUAGGCGAAGAGUUCAGUGAACUCAAGGUCCCUAAAGUGGUUCCACAAUCCUCAAAGAAGAAGAUAAAGGAAGACAUGAAGAAGAAGAAACACUAGCAAGACGUGGUGAACUUGUAACUUGUGAUACAGAUGAACACUGCAUCUUCAAAGACUAAACUAGAGGUGAAUAAUGGCUGAAGUACGCAAACGACUGACUCAAAAGUGUCUUAUAGGCUUAAUUAAGUAUUAUUUAAUGAAAACUAAGCAGUAUUACUUAGUGUUAAGUUAUUUAUUUUAUUUUAAGGUGCAAUGGGGCCAAAUGCGCUGUGAGUUUUAGCUCGCUUUCGUUCCAUGACUUUUUGUGUUUUGUCAGAUUUUGUUCGUGAGUCUUUGUGUUUAAGAUCCUAAACAAGGUGUCAAUCGAAUUUGUGUGUUAGGUUUAAUAUUGUGUCCUUUAAAGACGAGGAUAAUUUAUAGAAUUGGGACCACGAAUUUAAUAUAGUAGUUAUAGUUCGAAGUGUCUCUCCCAUUGGGAUAUUAUUCUAUUCUGUAUAUAUAGGCUUAUGUACUUAUUGAAUCUACAACGUAACUGAUAUUGUUAAUUGUGCUGUAUCUAUGAUAAGUAUUAAAUGCACUUCUUAAAUUAUUGUAAAAAUAUUGACAUCACUAUUCAGUAUUUUAGUUAAUUUUAAGGCGUAAAUACAUUUGCGCAUUCCUAAAUUGUGAUAUAAGAUAGGUGAUUUUCCAGUAGGUUAGGUUAAGGACUCGGUAGGCAUUUACGUAGACAAUUUUUUAAUAGAUAAAGAAGUCUCCGAUUUGUAGCUCUCUUAUUUAUUAUGUUUUAUAUAGGUAAUUUAUAAAUAAUGUUAUAAAAGGAUUUUUAGCUUUUCGCUUUUUGGAAAAUAUGUCUAAAAUUCUUUUCAUAUCACCCCUUUCAAUUAUUGAGUCAAUUGACAUAAUUAAUAUUUAUUUUGUCAUGUAGUUUAUACAAUAUCACCUUUAUGUACUUAAUUUGAAUAAUCAUACGUAAUAAUUUAAUUUAUUUUUUAUUAAUGAAGUAUUAUUUUACAUUUUAGGCAAAUGUCUUUUUAAGAAAAUCUCUUUACGUUAUCUAUGGGAACUAGUCUAUGACCGUGCCAAAGAAUCUCAUGGAUUGUCCUAUUUUAUUCUACUUUUGUAUUCAAAAAGCUUUAAAAGCUUUGUGUGAUCGAAUCACUUUUAAUUUAAGUUUUUUUGUACUUAUUUAUAAUAUUUAAGCUCAACAAUAAAUCUUUUUUUAUGUG